AUGACCUCCAGUGAGUACAUGACUUCCAGUGAGUACAUGACCUCCAGUAAGUACAAGACCUCCAGUGAGUACAUGACCUCCAGUGAGUACAUGACUUCCAGUGAGUACAUGACCUCCAGUAAGUACGAGACCUCCAGUGAGUACAUGACCUCCAGUGAGUACAUGACUUCCAGUGAGUACAUGACCUCCAGUAAGUACGAGACCUCCAGUGAGUACAUGACCUCCAGUGAGUACAUGACCUCCAGUGAGUACAUGACCUCCAGUGAGUACAUGACCUCUAUGUUACUCUACAAGAGAGGCGGGCGGGAGCUGCUCAAGCCUCGGGGUGUGGUGGUCGGUGUUCAGCAUGAUGAUGACGACGCUUACCACAAACAGAAGAACAAUCUACACCUGCAGGAUGUGAAGGCCAAAACAGCCAAGAAUGUUGAAUUAGGCAUUACUAUCUUCUCUGACAACUAUCAUGCUACUCCCCGCUCUGACAACUAUCAUGCUACUCCCCGCUCUGACAACUAUCAUGCUACUCCCCGCUCUGACAACUAUCAUGCUACUCCCCGCUCUGACAACUAUCAUGCUACUCCCCGCUCUGACAACUAUCAUGCUACUCCCCGUUCUGACAACUAUCAUGCUACUCCCCGCUCUGACAACUAUCAUGCUACUCCCCGUUCUGACAACUAUCAUGCUACUCCCCGCUCUGCCUCAACAUCCCCAGUGUCAGCAACAAAUCAUGUGACACUGACGACCACUGAGUUUAUGACACCCUCCACAGCGCCUUCUCUGCCACCCUCCACAACGCCUUCUCUGCCACCCUCCUCGGCGACUUCUCUGCCACUCUCCUCAGCGCCUUCUCUGCCACCCUCCUCACCCUCCUCUUCUCUGCCACCCUCCUCGGACUUCUCUGACCUCCUCGGCGACUUCUCUGCCACCCUCCUCAACGACUUCUCUGCCACCUCCUGGCGACUUCUCUACCCCUGCUCAUGGUGA